GAAGGCAGGUGAGUAUGUUGGUCAAUCAACGCAGACUCACCUGGAGAGAGAAUUAGUUUGUCUCUAGAAUCAAUCACUUACGGUCGCUCAAAGCAUCUUUUUCACAAUCUUACACAUUAAUUUCAAUUUUUUUUCUUGCUCCAUUGUACCCUCCAUUAACUUCAAUUUAACAACAAUUUUGUGCCAAUUAUCGCCUGGGAUUUUGUUUUUUUGUUUCUUGUGUGCUGUUUUUGUUGUGGUCUGUGCACCGACAAUUAUUUCAAAGUGUCCAACUCUCCGGCAAUUGCAGCAAUUUAUUAAAAAUUAAUUAAUUCUCUUCGAUACGUUCUUUUCAAAUAAAGAAAUUAAGUAAUUUUGAUUAAAGCAAUAAGGUUCGGUACAAAAAUAAAUUAAAUCAAUUCAAUAUGGACGAAGAAAAAGAAACUGCCAUUCAGGAAUUUUAUCAUGGAAAAAGUAUCUUCAUGACCGGAGGAACAGGAUUUUUGGGAAAGAUCAUCAUGGAAAAAGUUCUGCGAACCUGUCAAGUUGAUACAAUUUACUUGUUGAUCCGGGACAAAAAGGGCAAGGAUAUCCAUAUGAGAGUUGAGGAUAUUUUCGAUGAUGUCCUGUAUGAUCGACUUCGGGAAAUUCAACCGAAAUUUCGUCAUAAAAUCCAUCCAAUUGCUGGAGAUUGUGCCCUUCCUGGCCUUGGAAUAUCAUCGCAUGAUCGUACCAUUUUGACAAAAUCUGUUCAUAUUGUUUUUCAUGUGGCUGCAACUGUUCGUUUCGAUGAGAAACUCAAUAUUGCCAUGGGUAUCAAUGUCAAUGGUACACGGGAAAUAUUGAAUUUGUGCCGGGAUAUUCAUCAAUUGCAGGCACUUAUUCACGUAUCGACAGCCUAUGCUAAUUGCAAUCGGCCGGAUAUUGAUGAAAAAUUCUACUCAUGCAGAGUACCGGCUGCUAAGGCCCUUCAAAUCUACGAUGCACUGGAUGAACAAAUUCUUGAGACCAUUGGAAGCCAGUUAUCCAAGGGUUGGCCUAACACCUAUACGUACACCAAGGCCCUAGCUGAAGAUCUGAUUCGCAGUGAGGCUAAGGGACUGCCCGUUGCAGUUGUUCGACCGGCCGUUGUACUUCCGACUGCAGAAGAACCAAUGCCAGGUUGGAUUGACAAUAUGUACGGACCAACUGGAAUGAUGGUUGGCGUUGGAGCUGGUCUAAUUCACGUCUGUCACGUCCACAAAGACAACAAUGCCGAACUGGUGCCCGUAGACAUGUGUGUCAAUGCAAUUCUGGCCAUGGCAUGGGAUAGAGCUACCAGGGUAGAUGAUAAUGACAUUCCAAUUCUCAAUUUUGUCACAACUCCCAGCAAUAAGUUCCGUUGGAGGCAGUACAUAGACUAUGCCUGGCAACAUGGAUCACAGGUGCCCAUCCUGAAGAGUAUCUGGUACACAGUUUUUACAACAACUGACUCCGAGAUGAUUUUUAGUCUUCUGUGGUUCCUCUACCACACUCUACCCGCCAUCUUUGUCGAUUUACUGUUGCGUCUUGUUGGCAAACGACCAAAAAUGGUGGAAAUUUACAAGAAAAUCAAAAAAUACAGCGAUGUCAUCUUCUUCUUCACUCACAUGAAAUUCACAUUUAGCAGCAGCAACAUGGAGGCACUGUGGCGUCGUUUAGAACCAAAAGAUAGGGUUCUCUUUAAUUUUGACAUGAACAAUCUCAACUGGGAUGGCUAUAUCAGGAGCAGUGUCAUUGGCAUACGGCAGUAUCUGAUGAAGGAUCCUCUAUCAACUGUUCCGGCUGCCAUAAAACGUCAGAAACGCUUCAAAAUCCUCCAUUACAGUCUCAUUUACACAAUCUACGGGCUACUUACACUCCUUCUGGCUACACUACUACUUAAAUUAAUUGUACCGGCCUAGUCUGACAAUUUUAGCCUUUUAGACACGCCCAACAUUCCAAUAUUUGAAGGACAUAAAGUGAUUUUGGUGGUUGAAUCAA